AUGCCUCACCAAGCUCUGCUCUUGGUUCUAGCUAUCCUGCUGGCCAACUGGCCCCAGAGGGGGUUAGUUCAGGAGGUCCAAUGGCCUGUCCACACUAUUUGCAACACGGACAAACUGCAGAUAUUCUAUCGCAGCUGUGACCCUUUACAGGACAUUGGGAUCAGUGUUAACCCCUGCCUUCCCAUGUCACCAUCCUACAAGGGAAAUUUGAGAGUGUCAUUUCUGCUUCGGCAGUCAAUUGAGGAGCUAUACCUGUCUGCUAAUCUGCUCACAGGACGGGUGGCCACGUUGUCCCAUGACGAGCCCCGGUUCCUGCCCGAUUUCCCCCGCUUUUCCUUCUGCUUCUGGAAGAAAGGAGAAUUGAUUGAUUAUGAAAAACCAGUGAAGUUGAAGAAUCUGGACUACCUACCACUGUUUUUAUUAUGA